AUCACGAUAUCCCCUACAACUUUCUUCCACCUCAAGGCAACUUGUCUCUUCUCUCUAAGUUUUCUUUGAUACUACUAACAAUAUAUAUAUAUAUUUAUAUAUAUAUGUGUGUAAACUCAUCUCAGUACUACCCAAUAUUCAUAUACAAAACUGACUACUUCUCUCUAAAUAAUAGUGUCCGCAUUACCAAAAUAUGGGAGGUGAUGAAAAGCUCAAAUCUCAGACACAAAAUCCUGAUCUUGAUCAUCAUAACGAUGGAGCAGGCUCAAACAAGAUCACUAAAAAGUUUGAUGAUCCAAGCGAGUUUCCUCCAAUUGCGCCAAUCUUUUCCUCCUACAACGACCGAAUACGUCCACUGCUUGACGACAUUGACAGGCUCCGAAACCUCGGCGUCGUGAUCGAAGGAAUCGAGCUUCCCACGAUAGUCGUCAUCGGUGAUCAGUCCUCCGGCAAAUCGUCUGUUCUAGACUCACUCGCUCGUAUCUCUCUUCCACGCAGAGAAGGCAUAUGCACAAGGCUUCCCCUCGUAUUGAGAUUCCAAAACCAUACAAGUUCUGUUCCCGAGUUUCGUUUGGAGCACAAUAAAUCUAAAAAAUCCGUUGACAUCGAAGAACAUAUUACAUCUGGAAUGAUCGAUGGGGCAACGGAGAUCUUUGCCGGAGAUGGGAAAGGAAUAUCCAAGUUUCCUUUUACUAUCACGGUGAAAAAGAAAGAGGUUUCUGAUUUAACAAUGGUGGAUCUUCCUGGGAUUAGUAGUGUCCCCGUUCAUGGCCAGCCUGCAAAUAUCUACGAUCAGAUCAAAGAUAUCAUAAUGGAGUAUGUUCAGUCUGAAAAUAGUAUCAUACUCAAUGUGUUGUCUGCAACCGUUGAUUUUCCCACUAGUGAGUCAGUCCAAAUAUCGCAGAGCGUUGAUAGAGAUGGGGAGAGGACUCUUGCGGUGAUCACCAAGUGUGAUAUGGCCCCACAAGGGUUUUUGGAAAAGGUUGCUGAUGAUGAAAUCAACACUGGGCUUGGUUAUGUCUGUGUUAGGACUAGGGUUGGUGGUGAAUCCUAUGAAGAAGCUCGGUUUGAAGAAUCUAAGCUUUUUCAAACGCAUCCCGAGCUUUCCAAGAUCCAUAAGUCGAUUGUGGGCAUUCCUGCUUUGGCUCAGAAAAUCAUGCAGAUUCAAGCCAAUAUCAUACUUAGAAAUUUACCUGACAUCAAGGAUAUCAAUUAUGGUUUGAAUAAAGAUCUUGCAGAGUUCGACAAGCUCCCAAUGGCUAUACACUCGGUGGCUGAGGCCAUGGGUGCUUUCAUGAAGAUCAUGGGGGUGGUCAAGGUAUCACUUGGUAAAAUUUUGUUGAGAGGAGAAUAUGAUGAUUAUCGAAAUGAGAAGAAGAUGCAUUGUAAAGCUAGAUUGGUUGAGAUGCUGAAUAGUUUCUCAGACGAGCUUAUGAACAGUCGUGAAAGUGAUCUUACCAGGGACUUCUUGAUGGAUGAGAUUAGGCAUUUGACGGAAGUCAAAGAUAUUUCACUCCCGAAAUUCCUUCCCGGGACAGAUUUUCUGGCUCUAUUACAAGAAAAGGUAGAAGGGGUUUCUAUUGUCCCUAUAAAGUUUGUGCGAAAACUAUGGGAUUACAUAGAAGAGCCGGUGAUGACUGUUUUUAAGAGCCAUUUUGAAGACUAUCACAAGCUUCAGCUCUCCACCAAAAAAGCAGGGCUUAAUCUCAUAGAGAAGAUGAAAGAGAGGUCUACGAGAUGGGUUAUGGAGGCUGUGGAGAUGGAAAAGCUGACUGAUUAUACUUGCAACCCAGAAUUUGAAUCGGAAUGGAAUAAGCUCAUGGCUCAGAAGGAUUCGUUCAUGGCAAAUACCAAGUACCAUAAUGCCAUAAAUAUUGAAGGUCUCGGUAUGGUUGAGGUGGGGAAUAAUGCGAAGAAGUUUCCACAUCUUUUACAUCAUGCUUAUGACUUGAGGAUGAGAAUGGUUGCGUAUUGGAAAAUUGUGGUAAGAAGGUUGGUGGACAACAUGGCUCUGCAUAUUCGGCUGAGUGUUCAUAAGUUUGUGAACGAGGAAUUCGAAAAGGAGAUUGUGAGUGAGUUAAUGGGUGCACAUAAUGAGAAUAGGAUGAAGACAUUGAUGGAGGAAUCACCCUAUGUUGCUACCAAGAGACUCAAGUUGGUUGCGCGGGUUAAGAAGCUUACUGAGAGUAAGGAGAUUUUGGCCACUAUCAUGGACCGAUUCGCUACUACAAAUUAAGGUCAACGAGACCAUACAAGUAUAAAUACAUAAGUUAUGUGUGUAAAUCUGUGUUUUCAUGAUGUGUUUUUAUGUAAUAUGCUAUAGGAUCAUAAAAGUGAGGAUAAUGCCCUCACCCUUAGGUAGUGAAGUGGUGGGUACUUGGGUUAGGAGUAUUCAAAUCCUCCCUAUUGUAUAUAUUGUCUAUAUUAUUGUAUGUUAUAUAUUAUAUCGUGGGUUGAGUGUUGUGUUGCA